GGCCGAGGGCUGGCCGCUUGGAUUUCGCUGCCUUACGCUGCUCAAUAUACCCCUAAAGCAGUGCUCAGGCACUCGUUUGCCAUCCGCCUCUCGCUGACAACACCUCGCUCGCACUCUGGCACGAAUCAGCCGCGGGCCAGGAUAGCCAGACCGGAGAGCUCGCAGCCUGAGCGGCGAAAUGGAGCAAUCCACCAAAAGCGAGCAGCAAAAAAAGCGCAUGGAGCAAGCCUUCGCGAGCGCGAAAUGUGCGCCGCCGCCCAUCGCCGCCGCGUUCGCCGCAGCAGAGCGAGGAAAAACGGCGGACGAUCCCGACCCGCUCCUGACGACGCCGGCGCGCCGCGCGCAGCUCGCCGAGGGGCUAAAAACGAGAGGCAACGCGCACUAUUCACAUGGAGACGACGCCGCGGCCGUCGAUGAUUAUACGGCUGGCUUGAGGGCAUGCCCGGAGGACAACAAGACGUUGCGCGGCGCGUUGUUAUCAAAUCGCGCCGCCGUCCAUUUACGGAGAAAGGAGCACGACUUGUGCAUCAAAGACUGUAAUGAAGCUCUGAAGCUCGACGCUAGUAGAGCCAAGUGCUACUACCGAAGAGCGGCCGCGAGGGAACAACAAGACGCGUUAGAAGACGCCUUCAAGGAUUUGAAGAUCUGCGUCCAGCUCGAGCCGACGAAUAAGACGGCGGUCAACGCCGCGAGGCGCGUCAAGGAGAAGCUGACCGAGAAACUUAAAAAAGAUAAAGCGUUUGCGACGCCGGCGGAAAGGCUCGCCCUCCAGAUCUGCCAGUGCGUCGAGACCGAAGAGCUUGACGAGAGGAAGCUCGCGAACCUGUUCAAGGCCGGCGCGUCCCUAGCUAUCGAAGAUGAGUGUGCCGCCAAGGCGCUGUGGCGCGCCGGCGCCGGCGACCACGCCUGCCGCAAGGCCAAGGCAAAAGGUACUACUGCUGAUUUACGAAAGGCUGCUGUGUGUAUGCUCGGCGCCAUGGCCCACAAGGCGGCCAUCGCCGAGCCCUCGAUGGUCUGGCAGGUCGCUGGCGUGCUGCGGAGGGAGGGCGAAGGGUUCUUUUCGACGGAUGCCGCGGAUUCUAGUAUAGCGCUCUGCGCGGCCGUGGUGGAUGCGGCGCCGGCGGAGGACGAAGAAGAUGUGCAGGGAGAUGCCGACGGGGACUUUGAGAGAGAAGUUGAGUUGGAUCUAGACGAGGACGCGAUCUCCGAGAGCGACGACGACGAGCUGGCUCCCUCUAGACUACGAGCCGCGGCGGACGGCGCCGCGGCCGUGGUGGUAUCUAGUGCUUUAAAGCACGGUUCACGGCCGACGCGCAUGCGCGGGAUGGACCUCCUCGUGAGGUGGCUCGCUUCAGGAUCAGUGAAGGGCGCGCGCGCGAGAUUGCGCAAGUUUUUGGGAUUGGGUGAAGACAAUCCGUUACGAAAGGGCGUGCUCGCGGGUCUGUACGAGCUGCUCGAUUCCAUCACUGACGACGAGCGCGUGAAGGCGCAAGCUUGUGUCGCGAGGAUCCUGCGAGCCGUCGGCGACAAGGUUACCGGUGAUUAUAUAUGGGCUACGCUCCAUCAAGAUUUUAUCGAUGCGUUAAUUGAGGCAUCGUGUCGGACGUUUCCAUUACGAGCUCCGGACGCCAUUGCUGUGAACGAGGGCGCCUGGUCCUCUGAUUUGUCUCAGCAGAAGCGGAAGGCUUCGUUAUUAGCAGCGUGCCAUUUAGCAUCGACGAACUUCGUGGUGGAGUGCCUCAAGUUUAUUGAUAUAUCAGCAAUCGCGAGGUUGUGCGCGACGGACGAGCAAGGCGAAAUCCUAGGCUGCGAGGCCCUCGCGGCGUGUGCUUCCUCAGAGUCAGGACGGUCUGCAUUAGCUCCCUUAGUACAAGCAGGGGAAUUAGAGAGGCUGAUGCGGGAAGGUCGGACUACUUCAUCAAGGUCGGCCGCGGCGAGCGCCGUCGCCAAGUUAGGCUUGGCGGCCAAGGCGCUCAAAGCUGGAAGUCAUGAAACGGGCAAGUUGUUGGACGCCGCGGCCCAACUACUCAAGGACGAGGACCCUGCGGCGAAGGACCGGGCGGUCGAAGUCCUCGCGGGCCUUUCGGGUUCCUCGCGCGCCAAGGAAGAGAUCGCUCAUGGAAGCGGUCGUAGUGCUGCGUCUCUAGGUUCCAUCUGUGACGUAGCCAAGCAGACGAAGGGCUCGGACCCGCGAGCGUAUGGGCUUGCUUUGAUACUGGCCAAUUUGACAGUGACGAAUGAUGAACUACGGAGGAGGCAUUUCCGAGAAAAGGAGAUGGACAUUAGUCCCGAUCAGUACGACGAGUUCAUGCGCAUCACGAAACAAAAGGAUCCCGAAGACGCCGAUAAUGAUACACCGGAUCUAGCGAAAGCUCGCGCUAGGAAGUUAUGUAUUAAUGAUGGCGUCGUGGCGAUAGCAACUCUAGCAUCCUCGAAUCCUUCCUCAGAAACAGCGUCGAAAUUGGCGGAUGCGCUCUGUGCUUUAGCUACUGAUGUUGAUAUGAGAGGUACUCUCAUCCAGCAGGGCGGGUUCCGGUCGGCCGUCAACUUAGCAAAUAACGACAAGAAUGAUGAUAGGUGCCGGUUAUCGGCAGCCCACGCCGCGGGCAAAGUACUGAUAACGACGGACCCGCGAAAAUUAACGGACGACCAGCAACUUUGUGCUAUCAGACCUCUACUGUGGGCGUGCCGCCACGUCAAGGCGACCGAUUUAGCUGUUUUUGAGCAACUACUCGCUCUGACGAAUCUGUUGAGCCUGGGCGCGACGGCUCGAAGACGGGUGGCGGUAGAGAAAGGUAUUCAUGCUUUGGAAUAUUUACAAUUUAGUGACCAUCCCGAGGUCAAGCGCGCGGCCACCGAAGCGUUAUGUAACAUGGUGCCUGAUAGAUCGAUGAUCAAGCACUUAUCUCGUUCCGAUAAAAUGAAGCUGUGGCUGGCGCUGUGCCACGACGGCGUCGAGAAUGAUGCUCGGUUGGCGUCCGCGGCGGUCGGGUGCCUGGCCAUGGCUUGUUCUGAUGUAGAUGUCGCUAGAGCCGUCGCCUCCAAUAACGGCGCGGCGGCGUUAAUAGCCGUCCUCGGGUCCGCGGACCCGUCGCUCGUGCACCGCGCGGCGUACUGUCUCACGGCUUGUUUGGAGGAUAGUAAGGCGCGCGCGCUUCUGGCUUCUUCCGACAUGAAAAGUGCAGUGGAGAAGGCCUCAUCAAAAUUCGCGGAGGGGCCGGCCGCUGGUGCUUUAAAGGACGCGGCCGCGGCGCUCGCGCGCGAUUGGCCAGACGAGGAGGAGGAGGACCCCGUUGAAGAUGAUGAUGCGGACAUGAAGGAGCUCAAUGAGUUCCUGGACGAGGAGUAAG